CUCUUUUGUCUUCCUCCUUCCUCGUCUCUCUCUUCUUUCCCUCUCUCUUCUUUUCCUCUUCACUCCUCAGUUCCCUUUCUUGUCCAUUCGUCUCGCCUUGUCUUGCUUUAUUUCUCUCGCUAUGGCUUCCCUCUCCCACUUCGUUGACUUAUCCCAGCCAUCCCUCCAAUGGGCUGCGUUGUCCAUCGCCUUCAACCCGAUUUUCUGGAACAUUGUCGCACGUGCUGGGUGUGAAUGGACCUCGUUCUCAUCUUGUUCUGUAGAAUACCGCAAUCACUUCUUGACUCGUAUUUUCGGGGGUAACCCGUACUACGGCUGCUACUUCCUCGCAGUCACCAUUUUCGGCAUUGGAAUCCUACGCGACCACAUCUACCAGACGGCCCUGGCCGACCAGCCCUACUAUGCCCCAGUGCACCAACCCGUUCUCGGCGGUCUUCUCUUCUCCGUCGGCUCUGUCCUCGUCCUCUCCAGCAUGUGGGCUCUCGGUGUGACAGGCACCUACCUGGGAGACUACUUCGGAAUCCUUAUGGAUGCCCCCGUCACCGGAUUCCCCUUCAACGUCACCGGCUCGCCGAUGUACUGGGGAAGCACCCUCAACUUCUUGGGUGUUGCCCUCUACAAAGGCAAAGUGGCGGGACUUUUCCUGACGGCCGAAGUCUUCAUUCUCUACUGGUUCGCUCUCCAAUGGGAGGAUCCCUUCACUGCCGAGAUCUACGCCAAGCGCGAACGCGAGCGUGCCAAGGGCAAGCAAGGCGGCAAGAAGAACCUGUAAUCGCAGCUCGCAAGCAGCCCUUUCAACGGACGGUCAUACUUCGAUUUCGGGAGUAUCAUGUCAUGCACCUCUCCCCGGCUUCCUGAUAUAACCACCCCCCAAAUCCACAUGCGAAUGCGAUGCAGCUCCCCCCUAACGCGCCAAUGAAGAAAAGAGGGGAGCCCCUGGCUCUUCAACACCCA